GCCGCUCAUAGGCCAGCUCAGCCUCUCUGAGGGCUUGCUUCUUGCAGAAAGGCAAAGCAGGCAGAAAGGCAAAGCAGCCAGGCUCCCAUAUUCCCUCACAGAGAAGCCUUUUUCUCAUCUUUGUUUCUCCUAAAACACCUGGAGUGAGGAAAACCUCUGUGUUUGGCCAAGCAAAAGAUACAGAAUCCGUAUUUGAAAGGGUUCAGCUAAGAGUGGCUACUCAGCACAAAAAGGGGGACUUGUCAUACUUCUUGGAAGCAGCAGUUGAAUUCUUGAACAUAGUAUGAUUUAGAAGCCAUGGGCUGUGGGAAUUCUGCCUUGAACAGCAAGAAAUCUGAGAAAGUGUUAAAAGCUGCAUUAGUCAUCCAGAACUGGUACCGAGGUUACAGAGCUCGGCUGAGGGCCAGACUGCAGUAUGCUGUUGCCAUCUUCGAGUCCAUUGAAUAUGCUGAUGAACAAAGCCAAAUGCAGCUAUCUGACUUCUUCUCCUUCAUGUUGGAAAACUACACACAAAUACAUAAGGAUGAUCCAGAAUUAUCAAAUCAACUUCUUGAAAACGCCAAGGAUAGACAGGAGUAUUUGGGGUUGAUAGAGGUCCCAGAUUCCUAUGAUGGCCCACGACUGCAUUUUCCCUUCAAUUUUACUGAUAUUGCUUUACUUAUUGACGCAUUCAAGCAUCAAAAGACACUUCAUGCUUAUUAUGUCUUAGAAGUGCUAUUUGAAACCAAGAAAUUACUGAAGCAAAGGCCAAAUUUCACUCAUCUGAAAACUUCUGCUUCCAAAGGCCUAACAAUCUGUGGUGAUUUGCAUGGAAAACUAGAUGAUCUUCUCUUGAUCUUCUACAAGAAUGGUCUCCCUUCAGAGAACAAUCCAUAUCUCUUUAAUGGUGAUUUUGUAGAUCGAGGAAGAUAUUCCAUGGAGGUCCUAAUGAUCCUACUUGUGAGUUUUCUUGUCUACCCCAAGGACAUACACUUGAACAGAGGGAACCACGAAGAUUUUAUGAUGAAUAUGAGGUAUGGCUUCACAAAAGAAAUUUUGAAUAAAUAUAAGAUACAUGGGAAAAAAAUCUUGCAAACCUUGGAAGAACUCUACACCUGGAUCCCAAUUGGGUCUAUCAUUGACAAUGAAAUCCUGGUCAUACAUGGUGGGAUAUCCGAAUCCACAGACUUAAACUUACUCCACCGCAUAGAAAGACACAAAAUGAAAUCUGUGCUGCUACCUCCAUUGGCAGGAAGUUCCAUUGAGCCAGAGAAAAAGAAAGCAGGCGCAAUCAUCCUGUCAGGGGGAGUCCCAUCAAAAGAUUCCUCUUCUGAUCAGUUAUCGAAGCAUGAAUGGGAACAGAUUAUUGACAUUCUCUGGAGUGACCCCAGAGGCACCAAAGGCUGUUUUCCAAACACAGGCCGAGGAGGGGGCUGCUAUUUUGGACCAGAUAUUUCUACCAGCAUACUUAAUAAAUACCACCUGAAGAAGAUCAUUAGAUCUCAUGAAUGUAAGCCUGAAGGCUAUGAAAUCUGCCAUGAUGGGAAGGUUAUUACUGUGUUUUCUGCUUCUAAUUAUUAUGAAGAAGGCAGCAAUCGAGGAGCUUACAUCAGACUUGCUUAUGGCAUGGACCUGGAAUUUUUCCAGCAUCAAGUAACUACUUCAACAUGCUAUCAGCCUCUUCAUCAAAGGGUGAAUGUUAUGGAAAGCAGUGCCAUCAGGAUAUUAAAAGAGAGAAUUAUUGCACGAAAAACAGACCUCACUCAUGCUUUCCAAGUUCGAGACCACAGUAAAUCAGGAAAACUUUCAGUGACUCAGUGGGCUUUUUCUAUGGAGAGCAUUUUGGGGCUGAAUUUACCAUGGAGAACCCUGAGUAUGCAUCUGGUCAAAGUAGACAAAGAUGGAUACGCUGACUACAUGACCAGUUUCCAGGAUAUCCGCAUUGAAAAACCAGUGAAAGAGGCUGAAUCUGCUAUAAUUGAAACGCUGUAUAGAUACCGAACUGACCUGCAAAUUAUAUUUAAUAUCAUUGAUUCUGAUCGCUCAGGCCAAAUAUCCAUGGAAGAAUUUCGGAAAAUGUGGAAACUUUUCAGUUCUCACUACAAUGUCCAAAUUCAUGAUUCUCAGAUUGAUGAGCUUGCCAACACAAUGGACUUAAACAAAGAUGGAAGCAUUGACUUCAAUGAAUUUUUAAAGGCUUUCUAUGUUGUGCAUAAGUAUGAGAAGGAUAACAUAUCAAAUACCAAGCAUUCUCGCUACCAGUAAAGGCUUCCUCUCGGGCUCCUAUAAACAGCUGAACUCAAAUAAUACUCUUUCCAGGACUCUUGAAAUUCAAAGUAAUAGACAAAAAGUAGACUCCCUAUAUAUGCCACAAACAGACUGAAUGCUUGAAACCCUUAACAACCUGAUUUGGUAAGAUAAGGUUAAACAUCAGUUGGUAGGAUUUGCCUCCAGUGGUAGGAUUCAUACAUUGCCAGUUAGAAACUUCGUUUGAGCCUUUUGUGGAUUUCUUGGAUGCCAUCGAACUGAGAGACCAGUGCAGAUUAGAACCAUGCUGAGAGGAAAGCAGAGGACCAGAGAAAACUAUGAAGUGCAACAUCUGGAAGUGACCGAGGGAAAAGGAAUAGCAAACUAUUAAUAAAAUAAGCUGCUUCCAUAUUCAAAGUGGUAUACUUUUUUGAGAUUCCAUAAACCACUAAUCCUCUGGUGGGAGAAACAGCCUUCAGGGAAGGGAUCCGUAUCAGUUUCCUGUGGGAAACUAUAGAAAAAAAAGUCUAUUUUUGUGUUAGAGAUCAAAGUCAAUGUAUUCACAUUGAGUCCUAUAAUUAAUACUAUUUAACAUCAUUGAUAAGAUGACUUGAUUAUAUAAAUAUUGUAAAAUUCUGUUAUUCUGAUUUAAUAUCAAACAUAGUAAGAGAUUUCUGUUUAUAGGUAAGUAUAGGUUUCAUUUUUUUUAAGUUUUAGGACUUUAGGAUCUAGAAACAAAUCUGAAAGUCCCCUGCUACACACUUCAGACAUAAUGGCUAAAAUACAGUAAAUGUCUUUUUUAAGUGUAUAACAGAGCUUACAGAAAAUUAAAAGAAAACCCUGGGGGGCAGAAAAAAGAGCAGAAUGAAAAUCAUAGCAAUAGUAAUAUCAGA